GGUCGACGCGCUACGUCUUUUCCCGCCAUACACACGCCCAAAAGUCACUCCGUUCUCUCUCAAGGACGCGUGUUAUAUUGUUAUUGUACCCUAAUAUCCCCCCAAGUACUUAUUGGGCUCCUCUCACGAACUCAACGCGCGCCAACACGUCAGCAUGCCCGGUACCCAUCUUCUCCCACCCAACCUUCUCAAACUCUUCGCUCCUCGACCGCCCCUUCCGUAUACCCGACCGCUCGACAAGGAUAUCGACCGCGUCACGAAGAAGGAUGUCUCCGGUGUAGGCGCCAUCCUCGCUUCGUUGAGGGAAAACGCGACCGCGGGUCUCAUCAACGGGAAUGGAGAAUCUGUCGAAGGGAUGGAGGAAGGCGAGGAACCUGUGUUCACGCAUGCCGAGCAGACGAAAAGACAGUUAAGGCGAGAGGAAAGGAAGAAGAAGAGGGCAGAGGAUUUUAAGGUGGCGAAGGAAAGCUACAAACCUGCUGAGGACGCAGAAGCUGUAGGUGAUCCCUACAAAACGCUUUUCAUUGCCAGAUUGCACAAAACCGCGACGGAAACCGAUAUCCGCCGGGAGUUCGAGACUUAUGGUACCAUUGAGAGAGUCAGGAUCGUCAAGGAUAAGAAAGGCCGCUCACGAGGCUACGCUUUCGUCGUUUACGAACGCGAACGCGACAUGAAAGGUUAUUCAUCCCGUCCAUAGUUCUGCCUUCUCGUUCUAUCUUUCAGUGACGCGUUACUGACCGUGCUGGGGGCUCACUACCUUGGCUACAUCCCUGCCUGCUUUCAUCGCAUGGGUUUGUCCUUUUUUGCCUUUUCUUUCUUUCUUUAGCUGCGUACAAGGAGUCGGACGGGCUACACAUCCUGGGCAAGCGGAUCAUGGUAGAUGUGGAGCGUGGACGGACCGUGCGAGGUUGGAAGCCUCGCCGCCUCGGUGGUGGUCUCGGUGGCCGACCUAAACCUGUCGAACCUCCGGCGGCACGCUUCAGUGGUCCUCCAGGUGGGGGCUUCAGAGGCGGGAUAGGCGGUGGGGAUCGUGGUGGCGGUGGCUUUGGUGGGAGGGGUGGUGACCGUGGUGGCUUCCGUGGCGGACGCGGUGGCUUCAGAGGUGGAGGUGGAGGGUUUGGAGACAGAGGAGGCUUCGGCGAUCGUGGUGGAUUCGGAGAUAGAGGCGGAGGAUUUGGUUCAUCUGACAGAGGAUACAGUGACAGAGGAGGAUUCCGUGGUGGAGGUGGAGGCGGAUUCAGAGGCGGACGCGACGACUUUGGUGGCCCACGAGGUGGUGGAGGUUUCAGGGGUCGUGGUGGUGGAUUGGGGUACUCAGGAGGCGGCUUCGAUGGACCGCCUCCCAGUAGGUAUGGCGGCGGGCCACCUGGUCCUGGGGGCCCUGGCGGAUAUGGUCCUCCUUCCGGUGGAGGACCUGGGGGGUUCCCCAACGGAGGGGGCUAUGGUGGAGGCUACAGAGGCGACCUCAAACGCGAGAGUUCUGGGUUCGAAGAUAGGGAUUCGAAGCGGCCUAGGUAUUGAUCGGAACGGCAGACCUUCGACGGGUAAAACCGAAGUAGUGUUUAGGAUAAAGGUGACUUUCGAUGAGUGGUACAGUAUGAUGAUUGAUGGUGAGACGUGCUGUGCUGUUUUUUUUUGUUUUUUUCUUUCUUUCUUCUCGUUCGCAGAUCAUAUCCUUCACGCACGACUCCCUCGCGUUUCCGACGUGGCGUUUUGGUAUCCUUUACUUCUCCCUUCCCUGUUUGUGUUAAUCCCUGCUAUCGGUAUGUUUUGCGGGUAGGUUCUGUUGCUUUUAGUGCUCGUAGAAG